AGCACGCUGCGAGAGCGUGUUCAUGCGAUUGUGGUAGCUCGAAGUUAUCGUAAAUGUCGCACAUUCUGCCUUAAACCAUACACCAGUUGACUUAUAUAUAAGUAAUCGGAAAAUAGACAUCGAUCUCAUUGUUUCACAGAUUUCAUAAUACGUAAUUUACACGGAGCUGCAUGCCGAGCUUAUCUUGCUAUCUUUUCGAAAGAUCAUAUUGCAUUAUUAAUUCUUUGGUGAAGCGGGUGUAGAGUUUCGGUCUGUAUUUCGGAUUCUGGACAUAUCUUUCGUAAGCCAAUAUGCCGGUCAUGGAUUCCGCACGAGGACGGAUACCACUAAACAGAACCGGUAGCGGUGUCGAAGAAUUACAGCAGUAUUCACCACAGUCCGUUUUCUAUGCUAUGGCGAAAUUUAAUUCAGCUGUGGCGGAUAUGGAACAUAAUGUUCUUGUUCCCUGCCGACUGCAGGAUGUUAACGAUCCCAUGAUGGGUGAUCUGCAUGCCGCAUAUAAACUACUGGCUAAGACAAAAGUGGAUCUGCUGUUCGGCGAUGACUCCAAAAAGCUGAGCAUGCGCCGACCGGGGAAGGCAUCACGGUUAGGAAUUGUAGUAGAGAAUGGUGAGGGAUCCAAAACACCACUGCAGCGGUCGUUGUCGAUGAACUCUAAUCCGGCAUCCAAUGCCAGCAGUCUGCCGGAAACACCACUCGACCAGAAUUCGCCACCGAAUAAUGAUCCCGCAGUGGGAAAUGUGGAUCCUACUAUGAUGAUUUUGCAUGCUAGUCUCAAUCAGAAUCUGAAAAAUUUGUAUUCAAUCUUGGAACAAAUGACCGAGGCCGCCAACCGGGUAACGACGCUGUACCUUAAUGAAGUUGGCGGUAGCCAGCAGCUCUGAAUAUCCGGAACCAGGCCACGGCUUUGCAACAUUUAUUUGAUCAUCUGAGGAUUUUUUUCUCACAAAGAUGCCGCUAGUAGGAAUUGAAAGCAACGUAGCAUUUAUCUGGAAAUGAAAUUAUUUGUAACAUCUAUGGAUAGCACUUCCCAAAGAUGUCUUUGGUAAACCUCGCAUGAUUUUCUGCGGCAAUUGUCGGCACAACAUGCACAACAAAAGUUUCGACAUUUUAAGGAUCAUGUUUAAAUAUUAUUGUCGAUAUUGUGCAUUGCCAUCUUUGUAUUUAUGUACAAUGCUAUUGAAAUUUAAAUUAAUUUAAGAGUUUUAUUUCGUUUUGUUCUGUGAGUUGCUAUAUAAAUAACAUACGCAAUAAUGUCUUUUCUGUCUGACAGUGUAUGGCUUGUCCUAUAUUCUCACAAUAUUUGAUGCUGCUAAAAUUCCGUGAUGAACCGUGGUCUCAUAAAGAUUUAAUGAAUCAACUGUGA